AUGCAGCAAACUUCCUUUGUGAAUGUAGGCAGACUUACCAAAAUUGAAAUGAGUGAAGAGUACAGCUAUUGCGUGAAAUCACGAUGGAUGUCGAAAGAGUUCUUCCAAUAUCUUGUCAGCAAGACAUGUCCCGAAACGACGGUGAAGAAAGUUUCUUGUUCUGAGUGGACUACGAAUUGCAUCGAAACGAUAAAUAGCUCCCAGUAUCUACUCGAACUUCUUACACCAUGCGGCACCGAAAGCAAAUUUUAUCAUGUGAGGCAUGGGUUUUAUGGGCCUCUUUCGUUCCCAGGCACAGGGAGAGUACUGGAGACAGAAGUGAGAGUAAUAACUAAAAUCAUUCCGGUUAUGGAAAAGGUUUUGAUCGAUAACGCUUCUGGCAAGUUCGUUCCUCUGGCUUCAACACUCGUUGACUUCUGUGGAGAUUAUUUAUACAACAUCUUCGAAGACGAUCAAAAUUCAAAUUUUAAAGUUCUUGCAAACGAUAAAGGUGUGGACUUGAAACAUUGUAUGGCAUUUAUGCGAUUUCUGGCGGUUUUCCAUGCUGCUUCAAUUCCCGCUCUCAAGGAAGUACCCGCGGAUGUGUUGGACAAUCCACUCGUGCCGGACACAGAAGGCUGGGGAGAAAUCGAAGACGCGAUACAAACUUCGCUUGUCGGCGUCAGCGCUCAGGUAGAGUCGUGGGAUGAUGGCGACGUGUGGUUAGAGAAGAUACGCGGGAUAAGGGGGCAGCUGGUUGCCCGCUAUGCGGACACCCACCGCCGCCAGCCAGAUCGAUUGCGGGUGCUGCUGCACGGGCAACCGUCGGGCAACCGGGUCCUCUUCCGGGACGAGCAGGCGUCUGCGGGCUGCAGCGUAAGACUGCGCGGGUUCGAGUUCGCGCGAGUGGGCUCCUUCGCCGGCGACGCCCUGCACUUCAUCUACCGCGCGGCCGGCGACGACGUGCUGGAGAGCCACGCGGACCUGCUGGUGGAGGAGUACCGCACCGCCUUCAACGAGGCGGCCGACCUGCUGGGCCUGCCGGCCGAGAAGCUGUCGCCCGAGGAAGUGCGAGCGGAGCUGCACGCGCACAGGGCCGUGGCGCUCGUCAUGGCCUUCCACGAGCUGCCGCACGUGAGGACGCCCGGUUACCUGAAGGAUUACCCCACCGGCAAGCCACACGAGGCGGUCUACCAAUGCCCCGCGUACACCAAGGUGCUGCGGGCACUCCUAGUCCAGUUCGACGCCCGGCGGUGGCUGGAUGGGUCAACUAUCUCAAAAGUGGAAACCUAG